AAAGAACUUGGGAAGUAAGGAAAGCAAGCAUCCAAUCCAAUAUGUGCAGUGCAGACACUGACACUGACACUGUUGCGUUACAGUGCAACCCCACCAUAAAGUCAUAUCCUCCAUUUUACAGCAAACCCACAUCACUCAAAUAAAAUAUGAAGAAAAUACUUACUAUAAAUGAUUGCAAUAUUCAGAGGAAACCGUAAAUCCGAUCGCGACGAUGGAUAGCGAAGCGAAUCAGAGAUGGAUAAAGUAUUACUCAUCAGCCCACGCUAUACUCUUAGUUGGCGAAGGCGACUUCUCCUUUUCGCUCUGCUUGGGGAAGACUUUUGGUUCUGCCACUAACAUUGUCGCCACUUCUCUCGACUCUUACGAUGUAUUACUCAACAAUUACAAGUACGCAUUAGCCAAUUUGGUGAUACUGGGAAUCCUGGGGGCGUCCGUGUUGCAUGGAGUGGAUGCAACCCAAAUGAUGACUCAUCCUGAGCUCCGCUGCAAGAAAUUUGACCGGAUUAUUUAUAACUUUCCUCAUGCUGGUUUUUACGGGAAGGAAGAUAAUCCAGACAUGAUGAUGAUGCAUAGAGAACUUGUCCGUGGUUUCUUACAGAACGCAUGCAGCAUGCUGGAUGUUAAUGGUGAAAUUCAUGUCAAUCAUAAAACGACAGCACCCUUUGACAGCUGGAAAAUUGAGGAUCUGGGAUCUGCGUGCUCAUUAGUUUGUAUCGCGCAAGAUGAAUUCAGAAUAGAAGACUAUCCAGGGUAUAAUAACAAAAGGGGAUCCGGUUCCAGAGCUGAUGAGCCGUUUCCGCUAGGCGCUUGCAAGACCUAUAGGUUCAGACUCUGCCCCGUUGCUGUUAAUUGUAUGAUGAUGAGGAACCUGCGUUUGAUGCCUUGGAUGUUGAGGACUCCUGUUGGCGUGCAAGUGCAACAGCAGGCUCCAAUGGCUCCUUUCACAUCACAGAUGUUUCCAACUCCUCCUCUCGUCGUGCAGCGCCAGCCUUUGUUCAUGCCAGUCUAUGACGGUGGGGCUGCAUUGCGAUGCCAUGAAAGUAAGUGCCGCAGGAUAUAUGGGAGAUAUUUGAACCACGCACAUGCAGAGGAAACAUUUGGAGACACCAAUUAUGAUGUGCAGAGUUCAGUCGAUGCGGCCUUGCCGCUUGGUCAUGAGAUGCACGUGAGCAACGCAGUGCCGGGGAGGCCGUGGAGUGGCAAUUUGGAAGAAGUUCAGCAUUUGAGCAUUUCAAGAUCGGAACGUCUGAGGCAGAUGGUGUUUCGUCAUGGCUUGAGCUAAAGUUGCUGGGGAAAUUCAUCUCUCAACUUUGUUAGUUUCCAUCUACACAACUCAUGUAAUUACCAACUGCAUUUCAUAUUUUUAUCACAACAUUUUUAGAUAAUCGAUCAUAUGGUUUGAGAAAGUAAUAGUACUAUGAUUCUCCCUAAA